AUGAGAGCCUCCGUCCUUAUUUCAAUAGUCCUCGGGCUCUCUUGUGCUCAAGAUUUUUCUGCUUUUUCUGUGGUAUCAUCCACUACUGAUGAUGCCUCUACAACACCAGCUCCGGAAACCUCGACUCCAGAGAUAAACUUAUCUGAAGAGGAAGGUUCUACAACACCAGUUCAGGAGACAUUAUAUGGAGGGGAAGCAUCAUCUGAAGAGGAAGGAUCUAUAACUCCAGUUACUGAUAAACCAGCUGAGGAGGAAGCUUCCUCAACAUCUACUAUGGCAUUCUCUACUACCAGCACUACUGUAGAAGUGACAACCACUCAAUCUACCUCCCGCUUAACUGGUGCCCCUGAAGAUUCUGAUUCAAAAGCAUCAUCUUCCCUGUUUGUAUUUCCUAUAAUUCUAGGUACUGUUCUUUUUGCGAUUACAUUUUGA